CUUUCAUUGGUCGAGAUAUUAAGAUUCACCAAUUAAAUUUGUGGUUUUAUCUACCGUUUCGGUUUCCUUCCAAACAUGGCCUCAGUAGCUGGAACUGUACUCUUUCAACGGGGCCAGGCUGCAGAGAGUGACAGUGAUCUGUGGGACGAUACAGCAUUGAUUAAAGCUUAUGACAAUGCUGUGAACCUAGUUAAAGCCAAAGUAAAUGGUUCUGUUGUGAAUGGUAAUGAUAAUGAAUCACAGACAUCAAACAAACAAGAUAUAAAUAAGAAAAGGAAAAGGAAGAGGAAAAAGAAACAUAAAAACAAGAAAAAGUGUCCUUGGAAAGUAGGUGAUCAGUGUAGAGCAGUGUUCACAGAAGAUGAUCUGACAUAUGAUGCCGAGAUAAUAGACAUAGACGAGGAAGCAGAGACAUGUAUGAUACGAUACAGAGGAUAUGGUAAUGAGGAAGAGAAAGAAUUCACAGAACUACUCCAGCCAACCAGAAAACAGAAGCAAAGACAGAAGUCAGAGUCAGAUAGUAUGGAUUGGAGUGCAAGACAAAGUCCAGCACCUGAUAGAAAGAAGAAACAUUCAGCCAGCAGUAGUGCAAAUCCUCCUUUUAUGCCAGGAAUGCCAUUUAUGCCUCCAUUUCCUGGUGUUUCAAUGCCACAGUUUCCAUCAUUUCCAUCUUUCCCCCAAGGAUUUAUGGGACCACCAUCAGGGGGCCUCCCAUUUGUGCCUCCACCACCACCACCAAUCAAUGACGAGUUAAUGAACGGUGAUAAUGAAGCCUUAUGUAGUAUGUUGAUGUCAUGGUAUAUGAGUGGCUAUCACACAGGAUUUUACCAGGGCCAGAAUCAAAGAAAACGUCAGCGGUAUACCUCUACAGAACAAGACUCAGCAAGAUAACAUAUGGGGACUUACUUAACAACAUCUCAUAUUGUUCAUCAUUACUUAUUUUGUCGUAUCUGUUAUUUUGUUUGUACAAACCAGCAUGAACUGCACAGACAGGGAUGUCAAUAAUCAAACAAACAAUUGUAUGUACCAGUGACCUUGAGCUAUGUAGGAAUGUCAUGAAUGGAGGAAUGAUUCAAUGUAUUUGUAUCUGAUAUCAUUGCGAAAUCAUCAGUCAACAAUUCAGUUAAUUUUUUUACAACAUAUUGAACAACAGAAUAUUUCAGUAGAACAGUAUAAAAUGAAUUUAUCUUGAUAAUUUAUUUGUAAAAAUCAAUUCUUUUUAUUUUCUGUAGGAAUUUUAAAAAUUUGUAUUUUAUCAAAUGAAAUAUAUACAUGUAAUGUUAAUAAAUUGAAUGUUUGUUUUUUUUUAAGUUUGCCUCUUGUUUAAAGUAAUAGUUAUUUGUUUAUAAAGGUACCAUUUUAUUUGUCUUUACAGUAUUGUAAAGAUACGGCUAUUCUAUUGAUUUAGUAUAUUAAGUUCUCUUUCUAUAACUCUUAUGUGAUAAAUGUCGAUUGAUUUAUCUGAAGCUACAUGUCAUUUUAUCAACUGAAUGAGAAUAAAGUUUCAAAGAUGCAAUAUGGCUGAUUUUGUAAGUUGUGUAAGGCUACUUUUGCCCACACAUAUGUUCCAACUGAACCCAUGGAAAUAAUUUGAUGUUUGUUUUGUGCUGCUAUGUUUAGGCUGUCAGGUUCAUCUGCAAUAAUAAAGGAAUGCAAUAAU